AUUAUUCUUUUCAAUUUUCUUUUUAAAAGACAGAAAAUUCUAGAACCAGCUCUUUUCGCUCUGUGUCCGUGGCUCUAUAAGACUAAUCACCAUCUUCCCUUUCGAAUCUUGCUGCUCCCUUAUACCAUCUGCAAAUAAUUGAUUUAUUUUGUCAAUAUCCUUGAGAAAGUUCAAACCUUUGGUGCUUUCCCUUUUCAGAGUAUGGCAUCGAAACGGAUCUUGAAGGAGCUCAAGGAUUUGCAGAAAGAUCCUCCUACCUCUUGCAGCGCUGGUCCUGUGGCUGAGGACAUGUUCCAUUGGCAAGCUACCAUCAUGGGACCUGCUGAUAGCCCUUAUGCAGGAGGUGUAUUUCUAGUUUCUAUUCAUUUCCCCCCUGAUUAUCCAUUUAAGCCCCCAAAGGUUGCAUUUAGGACUAAGGUGUUCCACCCAAAUAUCAACAGCAAUGGAAGCAUAUGUCUGGAUAUACUUAAAGAACAGUGGAGCCCAGCGCUAACAAUUUCUAAGGUGCUGUUGUCCAUAUGCUCUUUGUUGACGGACCCCAACCCUGAUGAUCCACUUGUACCAGAAAUAGCUCACAUGUACAAGACUGACCGGGCUAAGUAUGAAGCCACUGCACGCAGCUGGACACAGAAGUAUGCCAUGGGAUGAUGGCGAGAGCUGAAAACCCUUUGCAUCUAGAAGCAGCUGUGAAUCCAUGGGUUUCAUUAAGAAUGAAUCUCCUAUUUCUUUUGUUCGAGGACUCAAUGUUGGCCAGGAACAUUAUCGUCUUGUGAAUAUUAUUUGAAGACAUUGGAGAUUGGAAAACUGUAAUGUAAUGUUAUCAUGUUGUCAAGUGAAUGUUUUGCUUGUUGAUCUACAACUCGUAUGAUUGAUUAAGAAAUAAUGUUUUGUGGGUA